GAUAGAUAAUAAAUAUAAAAAAAGACACAGACAAAAAAAAAACCCAAUCAAAAUCUCCCUGUUUGUGUCGUCUACUGCUGCUGCUAAACUUUUGAUUCCGAUCAGAAAACAACAAGAAAGGGGACAAUGGUGGGCUGUUGUCCGCCGAUGGAUCUUUUCCGAUCAGAGCCUAUGCAAUUAGUACAAGUCAUCAUUCCCAUCGAAUCUGCUCAUGCUACUGCUUCUUACCUCGGUGAUGUCGGCCUCAUUCAAUUCAAAGAUCUGAAUGCAGAAAAAAGUCCUUUCCAGCGGACAUAUGCCGGCCAGAUCAAAAGAUGUGCAGAACUGGCUCGGAAGCUGCGUUUCUUUAGAGAUCAAAUGUCAAAGGCAGAUGUUAAACCAUCAGCAAAGUCUGAAGGCAAAAUUGACCUUAAUCUGGAUGACGUGGAGGUGAAUCUUGGAGAACUUGAAGCUGAGCUUGUUGAAAUCAACGCAAACAAUGAGAAGUUGCAGCGUGGCUAUAAUGAGCUUGUAGAAUAUAAGCUUGUUCUGCAAAAGGCUGGGGAGUAUUUCAAAGUGGCUCAAAGCCGAGCUUUAGCUCAGCAGGGAGAACUUUCAUCAGAUCAGACUGCUGAAGAAUCUUUGGAAACUCCUUUACUGAAAGAUCAGGAAUCAACAGUUGAUCCAGGGAAACAAGUAAAGUUGGGGUUCCUUACUGGCCUUGUGCCCAAAGGCAGAUCCUUGGCUUUCGAGAGGAUUCUGUUCCGUGCUACAAGGGGAAAUGUAUUUCUUAGGCAGUCUUCCGUGGAAGAAGCUGUGACUGAUCCUAGUUCAGGAGAAAAGGUUGAGAAAAAUGUUUUUGUGGUAUUCUUUUCUGGAGAAAGAGCCAAGAGCAAAAUUCUUAAGAUAUGUGAAGCUUUUGGAGCUAACCGCUACCCUUAUGCAGAAGAUUUGAGCAAACAGGCCCAAAUGAUAACUGAGGUAUCUGGAAGGCUAUCUGAACUAAAGACAACGAUAGAGGCUGGACUUUUGCACCGCGGCCAAUUGUUGGAAACUAUUGGAAAACAAUAUGAACAAUGGAGUGACCUGGUCCGGAAGGAGAAAUCUAUUUAUCACACGCUAAACAUGCUUAGCUUUGAUGUCACAAAGAAGUGUCUUGUGGCUGAAGGGUGGAGUCCUGUAUUUGCAACGCAACAGAUCCAGGAUGCACUGAAUCAGGCUACAAUUGACUCCAAAUCACAAGUUGGUGCCAUUUUCCAAGUUUUGCACACGAAAGAGUUGCCUCCAACCUAUUUCCGGACAAAUAAAUUUACCUCGUCCUUUCAAACAAUUGUUGAUGCUUACGGUGUUGCUAAAUACCAAGAAGCAAAUCCUGGAGUGUAUACUGUUGUUACAUUCCCAUUUCUGUUUGCCGUAAUGUUUGGUGAUUGGGGACAUGGCAUAUGCAUUCUGCUAGCGACAUUAUAUUUAAUAUUCAAGGAAAAGAAAUACUCAAGUCAGAAACUUGGAGACAUAAUGGAGAUGACUUUUGGGGGUCGCUAUGUUAUAUUGUUGAUGGCACUUUUUUCAAUCUACACGGGUUUGAUUUAUAAUGAGUUCUUCUCAGUUCCAUUCGAGCUUUUUAGUCCCUCAGCGUAUGCUUGUCGUGAUGCUGCAUGCAGCGAGGCCACCACCAUUGGCUUGAUAAAAGUGCGUGAUACAUACCCAUUUGGUGUGGAUCCUGCAUGGCAUGGGAGUCGCAGUGAAUUGCCAUUUCUCAACUCAUUGAAAAUGAAAAUGUCGAUCCUCAUUGGGGUUGCACAAAUGAACCUUGGAAUAAUACUCAGCUUUUUCAAUGCUCUGUACUUUCGGAAUCCCGUUAAUAUCUGGUUCCAAUUUAUUCCCCAGAUGAUCUUUUUGAAUGGUCUGUUUGGUUACCUUUCCCUCCUUAUCAUUGUAAAGUGGUGCACUGGCUCCAAAGCUGAUUUAUACCAUGUAAUGAUAUACAUGUUCCUUAGCCCCACUGAUGAUCUCGGUGAAAACCAGCUUUUUGCAAACCAGAAGACAGUUCAGCUUGUGCUACUACUGCUGUCCCUAAUUGCUGUUCCAUGGAUGCUGCUACCUAAGCCUUUUAUUUUAAAGGCACAACAUAACAGGACACACCAAGGCGAGUCCUACACACCUCUCGAAAGCACAGAUGACUCCCUGCAGGUGGAGGCAGCUCAUGAUCCACAUGAUCACGAAGAAUUUGAAUUCAGUGAAGUAUUUGUUCAUCAACUCAUUCAUACAAUUGAGUUUGUACUUGGGGCAGUUUCAAAUACAGCUUCAUACCUUCGUUUAUGGGCACUCAGCUUGGCACAUUCGGAAUUGUCAACUGUGUUCUAUGAGAAGGUUCUUCUUCUUGCUUGGGGGUAUAACAACGUGAUCAUCCUUAUCGUGGGUAUCAUCGUGUUUAUCUUUGCAACCGUUGGGGUGUUGCUAGUGAUGGAAACACUCAGUGCCUUCCUACACGCAUUAAGGCUCCACUGGGUGGAGUUCCAAAACAAGUUUUAUGAAGGAGACGGGUACCUGUUUGCUCCCUUCUCAUUUGCGUUACUAGGUGAUGAAGAGGAAUGAUCAUAUACCAUCUUAAAAUAAAGAAAAGCCUCAUCAUACAGCAGUUUGCUGUUGUGCAUAUUUGCAUUUGUAAUUUUCCUUCUUGCCCGUUCAAUAUGAACAAUAUUUAUGUAGAUUUGAAUCGAGAUGGUAACUAGAUUGUAUUGGGGAAGAGAUUUCGCAAGUGAGUGAUCAUUUUAGCAGCAUCGUCUGCUGCUUCCACCAUUUUUUUUACCAAUAAGAAGCGUUUCAGUGAAAGCAUGUGGCUUGAGGCUAAUGUGAAGUGCUAUAACAAUUUGUAUGAUGAACUUUUAGUAAUAAAUAUUUGUUUAUAUAAGGAAA